AUGGCAGUGGAUGAGUGUAAAUCGGAGUCGUCGAGAAAAUUACUUCGAGAUGAUGUUGAUGCUUGUCUUCUUGAAUCUGUGAAAAGUUACCCAGUGAUUUAUGAUAUCAGUGAUGCAAACUAUAAAAACAAUUUUCGGAAAAGUCAGGCAUGGUUACAGGUUGUAGAGGAUAUGAAGAAGAAGGGUUGUGAGUGUUCAGAAACAUUCUGCCGGAAACGCUAUUGGACUCUUAAAAAACGUUUUCGAGUGAAGAAAGAAGCUCAAGAGCUUCCCGUAGAACCGACCAUUGAUAGGGAUAAUUGUUUCUCCAUGUACCCUAAGAUGGAUUACCUUCAUUCUGUAAUGGAGGACGGAAAUUGCAAUCCUUCAACCCUUAUUGCUCUGGAAGAAAGUGAUUGUGGGAUUCAGCGUGAUAAGGACAUAUCAGCAAAGGAACUGUCGGUACUUACAAAUCCGAGUCAGCAGUUCAACACCACAAUGGCACCCCCAAGAACUGGAAGGAAAAGAAGGAAUGAGGACCGUACAGCUUCAGGAUGUGAAUUGCUUUUAAACCAGAUAAGUGAUGGAAGUAAGAAAGGCCACUCGGCAUCUGCUACAGCGCUUGUUGACCCUAGAUGGACCAAUUUACUAAAUAGUUUUGGCUAUUUAUCUCGUGAAUUGAGUGAUGCAGGUUUUUCGGCGCUGAAAAGGAGAGUGGUUCCCACCUUGUCACAGAUGCUAGCAACAGCUCUGGCAGAAGAUAUGUCGACCGAAAGGAGUACUGAGGAAGGUGUUAGGGUCCCAUUUGUUACUCUAGUCGCAAAGCUAGUGGGAUCGAGAUGUACACGGGAUAAUGAAAGUUAUAACAGGAAGCAGUUUAUCAGAUCAGAGGGUCUUAAUCCUGUUGUUGUUAGUGAUCGUGUUCGUAAGGAAGCGGCUUAUGGAUUUGCGAUUUUUGGAACUCGCCUGUUUGAAGCUAGAUAGGCAUUUCUGUUGGUUAAGGUGGUGGAACUCAGGGCAUUUGGAAUUCGGGCAGUCAAGCUGAUUGAAGCUUCUUUUGAGGAUAUGUAG